GGGGAAUUCACAAGCAAAGUAUUGUUAUUGCAAUUAUUUCCAAUCAGAACACUAAAUAAGGGAAAAAUAACUAUGAUAAUAUUAAAGUAAACGAUAGUGAAAUCUGAAUAUAUAUAUUAUAUUAUAUAUACUAUAAAAGGAGAGAUCUUUGGAAAACCCAAUGGUAUGUCCGGAAGCAAGUAAAUGCAUUUAAUUCUGUGUAUUUACUGGUUUAUCCACUAUAUAAGCGCAGUUUGAAGACAGAAAAAUCUUCGAUUAUAAAAGUAUAUGUUAAAACUUCUUAAAUAUGAGCGCGCAAAGAGAAGUUAGUGCACCAAUCCAGUCGUUAAAUAUCACUUCAUAUAAUAUUAGAGGUCUAGAAGGUAAACAGAACAACAAAGAGUUUAUCAAAUAUCUACGCAACUUUAAUAUUUAUAUCUUACUCGAAACACAUACCCUUCCGAAUGCCCCGGUCAUCGAGGAUUUCGAGAAACAGCAGCCCGAUUUUGAAUUUUUGCAUUGGAAGGAUGCCACGAAAGUUUUUCGUCGUGGCAGAGGAAUCGGUGGGUGUAUAAUAGGCAUCCGGAAAUCGCUCAAGGAGUUUGGGAUAAGCCACUCAACUGUAGAAUCGAAUGGUUUUAAGCUGCUACAACUGCGCAUGGGUGAUAAAAAACUAAAUAUAGUUCCACUUUACAUCCAUACUAUAGGAUGGGAUGAAGAAUUCGAGCCGGUGAAGAAAGCUUUUGAAAAUAAGGAAACCCCCAUUGAUAAUGUCGUUGUUAUGGGCGAUGUAAAUAUUCGGAUAGGUGAAAUAAAACAGCCUGUGGAACCCAAUCCCUGUGUGGCUAAUACAAACGGUCGCCUAUCUCAUGAUAAAAAGAGAAAAAACGGAAGCAAGUUUCUUUCCUUUUGCGCCGAUAACAAACUUCAAAUUCUUAAUGGUUUGACCCAUGGGGACUCAGAGGGAAGUUAUACCUACUUCAGUGCGAUAGGCAAUUCUACCAUCGAUUUAGCAGCAGUAAGCCAGAAUCUAAUGGCAUCCGUGAUAGACUUCAAAGUGGAUAAGCCAGAAGAGGGGCAAACGCGACAUGAAUCCGAUCAUUUACCCAUCUGCCUGCAAAUGGACCUUAGUUUCCUGCGAAACUCUCAAGUAACCAGGGAUUUACCAAUACGACGGAAAACCAGUAAUUUUGUACCAUUUGAUUCCAGCAUUAUACUAAGCGAUUCGACAUUGGACUCGGAAAUAAAGGUAGAGGAAGUCAUAUUUGCUCUCAGGCACGGGUCUUGGCCAAAGUUUUCAAAAAACGCCUUCAAAGAUAUUAUUGGAAUAAUAACCCUACGCUGCAAUGAUCUUUUCAACGAAUUAAAAGAAAAACAAAUCGUCGGUUUGAAUCUUUUAUCAACAUCAGAUCUUUUAAUCAAUAUACUAAAGAUAAGGCUGACAAAAUGGUGCAAAAAAAACAAAAUAUUGAGUAACUCUCAGAUUCGUUUUUCAGGAAAAUCCUCUAAGACAGAUUUUGUUUAUAAUUUAAGUACCAUGGCCAACAUGAAGUUGGCUGAGAAGGGAACAAAAGUAUACUCGUAUUUCGUUCAUUUUGAAUCAAUAUCUUCAGAAAUGCUUAGAACACUUUUAUGGCCCAAACUUCAAAAACUUGGAGUAUCGUCAAAAAUAAUCAGAUUCUUAAGAUUUAUAUACGAACAGAGGGAGUACCGAGAAGAGCUCCUUGGUUAUUUUCAAUGGGGCCGCGGAGACCUAUCAGCACUAAUAUUUGCCCUAUAUCUAAACGAUCUUCCCGAUGAGUUUAAAGAUGGAAUCCUUAUCGAUGAUCGCCAAAUAAGCACCCUAAUGUAUGCUGAUAAAAUGGCAAUUCUUUCUGGUAGUGUUUCCGGUCUUCAAAAUAUGAUCAACCAGCUGGAAAACUACUGCAUCAAAUGGGGCUGUGUGGUGGACAUGAAGAAGUCUGAAGUGAUGGUUUUUAGGCGAGGCGCCCGGUUAUCUGCAGUUGAGAAAUGGAAUAUUAAAGGACAGGAGAUCAAAACGGCGUCUAAUGCUUUAUUUCUCGAUUUCGAAUUUACCCCGUUGCUCUCAAGCACACAACAAGUAAGAAAUAUGAUUUCAAACGCCAAAAGUCGCCUUGAGGAUUUCAGUAGCGAAUCAGAACCUUGGACACGAUUAAUGGAACUUUAUAUGGCUGGAGUUUGGGGAUGUAAGAAAUUUAAGGAACUCGACAGUCUGCAAGCGACUUUUGUGAGGAAAACAAAAAGCAAUUGUACUAACCUUAAUUCUCUCGCCCUCGGUCUUCAUCUGAAAUACAUAGGAAAGCUUUAUUUUUCCCAAAAGGAAAAUUCGCUGGCGGGAUUUCUAACUCGCAAAGUAAUGGAGAAAAAUAUUUUGUGGGCAGAACAGCUGAACGAAAUUUGUGGUCCCUUAAAAUUGAAGUGGAGGAGUUGUCUGAACUCUGAACUGGAGUGGAGCGAUUUUUGCUUGAAUCUAAUCAGCCGCCUUGAAAACCCCUGAGUAACGAAAGGACACGGUCACAACGAAGUUAAAAAUGGAGCUAGUCAAUAUUGUUUUUAAAUGUCUAUGUUAAUAUUUUUUAACUUUUUAUAUUAUAAUAAUUGGAUCUUCCUAUGU